AUGGGGUGUAGCAGCGGUGGUUGUAGAGACCCAAACAUAAAGAAUAAUAGGGAUCUGCCUGAGUACUCGAUCAAAGCUGCAAAUCAUCAGCCCGCAGUACUACUCACUCCAAAGCUUAGCUCUACUUACAACAUGACCCAAAACCCUUUGUUACCAUUCAAUCACCACCAUCAUCAGAGUGCGUACAGAUUGGUUCCAGUGACGUUGCCUGAGCAAAGCAGAAGUAGCAGUGGUUUUUAUAGUGAUAAACAACCGGCAUCUGCAGCUCCUUCGCGAAGUUCGCGAUGGAAUCCAACCCCGGAGCAGCUAAUGGCCCUGGAAGAGCUGUAUCGCUCUGGGAUCAAGACACCGACGGCCCAACAAAUCCGACAGGUGACUGCGCGGCUUCGAAACUAUGGGAGGAUUGAAGGCAAGAAUGUAUUCUACUGGUUUCAGAACCACCGAGCCAGGGAGAGGCAGAAGAGACGCCGUGAACUCAUGUCCAAGUAUCAGUCUGACUCUAAACAACAACAACAACAACAAACUUUGACUAACACCACAAUUAGCAGUCUCCUGGACAAAGAAUCUGCAGGAGUUGACUUUGUUGGUCGUCUUGAAGUUGAGCAGCAGAAUAAGCGGACACUACCAAAGUUCACUUUACUUUCUGAUCAGGUAAACGUAUACCCGUAUAUCGAACCAAAAUCUCAAGAAAAUAUAGAAAUGAAUUGAAAUGUGUGAUAUGGAUAUUUACUGUUUUAAACUACAUAUGU